AUGGCUCCUAAUACUGGUAUUGCGUCGGCUGGUGGUCGGUCUUUGGACCCCGCUAUGCUACAUACUGGCAAAUGGUGGAACCACAGUCAUAUUGUCAAGCUCAACUUGCUGCUCAUCAUCCCCCUCAUCACCUCGUAUGCCAACGGUUUCGACGGUUCGAUGAUGAACGGUCUCCAGUCGGUCGAGCGCUGGAAAGCUGGUCUCUCGUCAAUCAUCCAGCUCCUCUUUGUCUGGUUCCUUCCCGAGUCUCCUCGUUGGUUGAUCAACCGAGGUCGUGAUGAGGAGGCUAAGGCUAUCCUUGCCCGCUACCAUGCUGGUGGUGAUGGGUCACAUCCACUCAUCUCAUUCGAGUACAAUGAGAUCAAGGAGGCCAUCGCUCUCGAAGCUGAGGCUGCCCGCGUCUCUUGGCUCGAUCUCUUCCGCACUCCAGGCAACCGUCGCCGCAUGAGGAUCAUUCUCGGGAUCGGUGUCUUCUCCCAAUUGUCUGGAAACGGCAUCAUCUCCUACUACCUCACCAAGGUCCUCGACGGUAUUGGCAUCACAAGCUCUAACGAUCAGACCCUCGUUAAUGGCAUCCUUGCUAUCUUCAACUUUAUCGUUGCUACCGGUGCCUCCAUGACCGUCGAGAGGGUUGGUCGUCGCCCAUUCUUCAUCAUCUCGACCGCUGUCGGUGCUGGUCGCACGCUCCUCGCUUUCGUAUUCAUCUUCAACGGUUUCUACGACAUCGCCUACACACCUCUCCUCGUCUCGUACACUGUUGAAAUUCUUCCUUUCCUCAUCCGUGCCAAGGGUCUCGCUGCGAUGAACUUCUCCGUCAUGGGUUCCAUCAUCUUCAACCAGUACACCAACCCCAUCGCCUUCGCUGCCCUCAAGUGGAAGUACUACCUCGUCUAUACGAUCUGGCUCGUGUUUGAGUUGGUCUACGUCUGGCUCUGGGCCACCGAGACCAAGGGUCGUUCGCUCGAGGAGACCGCAGCCCUGUUCGACGGCGAGGACGCAGUCGCCGAGCUCAGCAAUCGGACUGGACACGACAUGGCCCAACUCAAACAUGAUGGCUCGGACUCGCAGGACGAGAAGCUCAACAUUGAGCAUUCUAAGCGCGAGAUUGCCUGA